AUGGACGCCUGCCUGUCCGCUGUCGUGUUGUGUCCCUCGGCCUCACUCAAGGCAGCGUUAGGAGCGACUUGCUGCUUGCUCGUACGAAGCACGCACUACGCUCGCAUUUGCGGUACCAACAGCAGGGCAAUACCCGAGUCGCGAAUUGUCGCAAGGCCGCUCGAGGCACUUCGCAGAGCUCGACUUCUGCUCGUACGAGCAACAGCAACAGCAGCACUCGCACUAACAGCAGCAAGCUUCGAUUGCUCUGCCUUCUCCCCCCUUGUCGAGCAGCAACCCUGCAAGCCGGCCUGUCCCCACAAUACCCCAAAUCUCCCAAUUAAUCGGAACGUCGGGGCUACUGCUCUAGCAGCUUCUGCGUGUGGCCUGGACAAGACCCCGGUCGUGACGGGUUUCGUUUCGUUUGCCCAAAGCUUGGGACUGUCCGCAAGGUGGUAUCGUGUCAUUUUGAUUAGUGGCAUUGACGACGUGUGCAAGCAUGAACCAGAGAAGAGCGCUGAAGUUGACGGGAUAAGAAAAGCUUUCUGGAUACACGAGGUGCUACGAGUACCACGGUACUCGUACACGGCAAGGCAACUCCAGGUUUGUACUUGCCGGCCCAGGGCACAAAACAACACGCAAGCCAGGACAAACGGGAAGGCACUCGCACGAUGGAAGGCGCGUUGGUGUUGGUAUAACGCCUCCACGGGGUAUUUCGGGCACAGCUGCGAGGUAGGUAGGCUUGCCACAGCAUCCCCGGAUUCUCAAGAGUUUCCCCGGAGCGUCUCUCGUGCGCCCCAACUGGUCAAAUCUGACCCCAAGGCCCGAGUCGCACGCCCUUCAAGUCUCUGCCAGCACCGAAUGGGUACUUUUCUUGCUUUUUCGACUGCACAAGAGGGCGAAGUGGUCGAUGCCGAGAGCUUCAUCACCGCUUUUACCAAACCUCUCUCGCGUCGACUCAGCUCGUCGCCAUCUUCAUUCCAUUCCCGCACGACACACAAUCUCCCCCAGACUACCGACAACAUGUCAAGCGGUCAGGUCGCGGCGCCUUAUGCUAUCAAGCCCUCGCAGCGGGCCAAUAUUCGGCUGUCGACGUCCCAAGAUCUUUAUACCACGCUCAGCAGUUCUCUUAGCCCGCUAAAAGGACAUCAGCGACCGGCCAUUCCUUUCGACAAUGCCAUGACCAAAGAAGGCGACAGAUCCCCAACUUCCGGCAUCCUUGAAGAUGACUUCGCCGUUCCAGCGCCUCCUCCUCCAAGCCCCGUUAGUUUCAGGGCCGACCGCUGGCCCACGCCAGCCUGUCACUGAAGGGGGUCCGA